AUUGGAUAAAGACAGAUCACUUGAAAGGCCGUGAAAAACAUAAAAUCCCAUCUUGCAUGACGUAGGCACUACAUAGCCAAGUCACGGCACCCUCCGUCCCCUAUUUUACACCAUAAUUUGACACACGAAACGAAGUCCAAUUGAUUUGAAAUUUGAGUAUAUGGUAGACCUCAUUAAAUACUUUCAUAUGCCCGAAGAUUGCUCGGGAAAAUUUCGAUAUUUUUUGAUGAUAUCCGGGGCAGAACAUGCGUACUUGGUCAUGGGUCCAAUUUUUCAAAUGUGCAUGUUUAGGCCUAGUUUUCUUAGUUUUUCAUAUUGGCAGACUAUUUACACUAUCUUGAAUAUCAUGUUUUGAAGAUUGCACACCAAUGUGUUAUAUAUGCAUGUUGACGUAAGUUUGGGGGAUUUGUGAAAUAUAUGUCUUGCUAAUCUCAUUCCAUCUCUCGUUUCUCAACAAGAAGUUUAAUGAAUGUUAUUUUUGCACAUUUGCAGGAUGCCUCCAAAAAGAACAUCAAAAGGAAAAGAGAAGGUUGGUUCCGCAUCUGGCACAGCCCGGACUAGAGAGUCCGAAGGGGGUGUCAGGCGAUUUCUAUCUUCAGACACAGCAGCCCGUUACGCCAAUGUUGUCCGCAAUUGGGCACUCGUCCCCGAAAGGCCAGUUAAGUUGGAAGAUUUUCCCGAUUUUGAAUUAGUUUAUUUAAUCCACAACUAUGGUUGGGAGAAAGUAAUUGAAAGACCGCAUCCGGUGUAUGAAAAUCUGGUGAAGGAGUUCUAUGCCAACUUCAAUACAAAAAUCGACACGCCUGGAUCAGAUCAUCUACAUCAAACAUGGGUUCGAGAUUGGUAUCAGAUUGAUCUCACCCCAUCUAUAGCUAUCCUAUGGUUAUUCAUAUGCCACAACAUCGAGCCCAUAUCCCAUAGGACGAUAUUCACAAAUCAAAAGGCGAGGUUUAUCUAUCAUUUGGUUCGGGGGAACAAGAUUGACUUGGCCACAUAUAUCUACAACCAGAUAUAGAUUAUAGGCACAUGGGGAGACAGGCAUACUUUGCUGAUUUUCUCAAGUUUGAUAAGUGGGAUAUGUAAAGCUACAGGCAUACAAGUCCAACCUAGGAAAACACCAGAAAAACCAAGUCUAUAUAUCAAGCGCCUUACACUAGAGGCCCAGGACCGAGCCAGAGUUAAACAUCAACAAAAGUUAGAAAACGAAUGACGUCGACAGCAACAGGCUGAGGAAGGACACGCAGCUGAGAACUUCGAGAUGCCACGAGCUCCUCCACCAUCAGUUGACAUUGAUACCUAGUUAUUGAGGCAGAUGUUUGCCACUAUGACAGGACACAGUCGAGACAUGCAGAGUCUCCAGCAAUCAUUUGGAGCAAUGAGUACCACCAUCCAGCAGGUACAGAAUGAUAUGGCAAUCACAAGAAACUUCACAUCCAAUGCCAGCAGUGAGUCCCUUGCAGUGAGAAGAGAGAUAAUACCUUUGAUGGGCGAUUGUGAAUGUACGUUGGCAGGAUGGAUGGUAUACAAUGGCGAGUGAAUGAGACAUGGGACCGUUUAGGGAGCUUGGAGACCAGGGUUCAGGCCAUGCAGGUGGAGUAGACCCAGCAGUCUGACAUAUUGAGAGAGAUUUUAUCCCGCCUUCCUCCCCCUCCUGGAGAUGAUGCUGCAGGAUCCAGCCUUCCAUCACAGCCACUAUAUUGAUCAGGGGAGUCUUGAUUACCCCAUUUUGCUAUUUUGUGUUCUUGUUUUUCUUUUUAAAUUAUGCCAUUUCAACUUUAAUUCUUACAUUGAGGAUAAUGUACUGUAUAAGUUUGGGGGAUGAUGGCAUAAUUUAAAACAAAUAGUCGGCAUGUAAUUAUUUUUCAUUUUCACAGUCCAUCGUUAUUGUUGACUAAUUGUUGCAUGAUGCAUGCUUGAUGAGUGAGUGUUAAUUAUACUUUGGCAUGCUUGUUGGGCUUGAUAGCCUUGCCGACUAUCAUGUGAUUAUUGGAUUGGUAUAAUUCAUAAACUUUGAAUAUAGUGAUGAAUAGAUUAACCAA